AUGGUAGCUGCCGCUAAAGCUUUGCCUCCAGGACAGAUCCUGCCAUUAGUGAAGCUUAUGAUUACUGUCGACGGCGUCCACCUGGAGACAGUGAACUACGGCACGAAGAGGGAUGAGUUCGAGCACAUGUCGGUCUUCUUCAACAUCGAGUCUAUCUCCUACGGUGUGCAAGACCUCGUGUAUACUAGGGUGUUCUCCAUGAUUAUUGUGAAGGACAACGCCGACGUGAAGGGAUUAAAUCCAUUCGAAUGUCACGCGUUUGUCUGUGAAUCCAGGAAUGCCGCAAGACGACUUACAUACUCAUUAGCGGCGGCGUUUCAAGAUUAUUCUAGAAGAGUUAAGGAAAUGCAGGCUGCCCCAGAUUUAGAUGAGAGGCCGCCAAAUUUAAAGAAACGGUUCGCAAUAGACCUGAGGACACCUGAAGAAAUAGAAGCUGAUUUCGAGACGGAGGCAUAA